CAUUCAUUCACGAUCCAUUCAUUCACGAUCCACGACUUCACGAACCACGACCUCACGAACCACGACCUCACGAACCACGACCUCACGAACCACGACCUCACGAACCACGACCUCACGAACCACGACCUCACGAACCACGACCUCACGAACCACGACCUCACGAACCACGACCUCACGAACCACGACCUCACCAUCCACGACCUCACCAUCCAC